AUGAGGAUCCACAGAGGAGAGAAGCCGUUUAAAUGCAUCGACUGUGGAAAGAGUUUUAAAGAUUGCUGGAAUCUUACGGUCCAUAAAAGAAUCCACACGGGGAAAAGCCGUAUGAGUGUGUGGAGUGUGAAUUUGGUAUCAUUUGAGGAUGUAGCGGUAUUUUUCUCUGUGGAGGAGUGGGCCCUGCUGGAUUCUGAGCAAAAAGCCUUAUACCAAGAGGUCAUGCUGGAAAUCAAGAGGAACAUGGCCUCCUUAGAUGACGGAUGGGAGAUGGCGGCUUCUGGCCAAGAGGCAGCAGCACCUUUGCCAAAAGACAAAAAGGAUGUUGCAGAAAAGAUGUAUGGAAAGCAAAGUUUUGAGGAAAACCUGUUAACGGUUGAGCUGGAGAAUCGGUCUAGUUUCCCAUGUGCAGAUACCAAUGUCUUAUUGCACGCAGAUGAUUGCCAAGAAAAAGAAGUGUGUCUGUGGUGUGGGAAAAUAUCCAGAGAUGAAUUUGGAUUAUGUGACUGUUGCCAAAGCCCUGCUGGAGAGAAACAGGAUAAAAGUAGGCAACCCUCCAGAAGGAGCCUUCCUCCUCCUUUGCAUGAAAGAAUACAAGAAGGAGGGGAAAUGUACAAAUGUACAGAGUGUGCAGAAAGCUUCAGUACAAACCGCUCUCUUGUAUUGCAUAAGAAGAUUCACAAAGCAGAGGAUCCACACAAAUGUCUGGAUUGUGGAAGGACCUUCAGGCAGAAAAAUCAUCUCACUUCACAUAAGAGGGUCCAUGAAGAGAGGAAGCAGCAUCAUUGCAUCACCGGCGGAAAGACCUUUGGAAACAGCACCACCCUUACUUCCCAUCAAGGCAUCCAUAGAGAUGAGAAGUUGUAUCAAUGUAGGGAGGGUAGAAUGAAGUUUACUCGGAGCAAUGAACCAAAUUCUCGGAAAAAAAGCCCCAUUGGGAAUAAAUCAUGUAAAUGCAUGGAAUGUGGGAAGAGGUUCCUCUCUGCAAAUGACCCCACUUACCACAAUAGGAUCCAUACAGGGGAAAAGCCAUAUCACUGCACUGUGUGCAGAAAGAGCUUUGCACAAAAAGGCAAUUUUAAUUUACAUAACAGUAUGAACAACAGAGAGACGCCGUAUAAAUGUACAGAGUGUGGAAAAUGCUUCAAAACCCCCAGUGUCCUUACAUGCCAUAAGAGGAUUCACACAGGGAAGAAACCCUAUGAAUGCUUGGAGUGUGGAAAAAGCUUCAAUAGACUUGAUACGCUAACUAAACAUAAUAGGAUGCAUAAAGGGGAGAAACCUUAUAAAUGCCUGCACUGUGGAAAUAGUUUCAGGCAAAAAGUUCAUCUUAAGUCACACGAGAUGAUUCACACGGGAGAAAAACCAUUUCAAUGCAUUGAAUGUGGAAAGAGCUUCCAUUGCUCUACAAACCUUACUGUCCAUCACAGAAUCCACACGGGGGAGAAGCCCUUUCAAUGCCUGCAGUGUGGAAAGUGCUUUGCCAAUUCUAGGAACUUUUAUGCCCACCAACGGACCCACACAGGAGAGAAACCAUACAAAUGCCUGGUGUGUGGAAAGAGUUUUGGUGAUUCCAGCCAGUUAACGUCCCAUAGGAGAAUCCACAGUGGAGAGAAACCAUAUCAAUGCACCGAGUGUGGGAAUUGCUUCAGUUAUAAAAGUCACCUUAAUAACCAUAAAAGGAUCCACACAGGUGAAAAGCCUUAUAAGUGCACUGAAUGUGGCAAAUGCUUCACUCGGCUGGGGACUCUCUCUGUUCACAAAAGGCUUCACACUGGGGAGAAACCAUAUGAAUGCCGCACAUGUGGAAAGUGCUUCAUUACAAAAAAUGAGCAUAUCCUACAUAGCAGGAUCCACACUGGGGAGAAACCAUAUCAGUGCCAAGAGUGUGGAAAAUGCUUCCGUGAUUCUGGAGAACUGACGAGCCAUAAAAGGAUUCACACAGGGGAGAAACCCUAUAAGUGCACGGAGUGUGGGAUGAGUUUUAGAAAAAGUGGUUACCUUUGUAUCCAUAAGAGGAUCCACACUGGAGAGAAACCGUAUACAUGUCAUGAGUGCGGAAAAAGCUUUAGUCGAAAUCAUUCACUCACGAUCCAUAGAAGACUUCACUCAGGGGAGAAACCCUAUAAAUGCCUGGAGUGUGGAAAAUGUUACAGUGACAGUGGCAAGCUUACCUCCCACAUGAGGAUCCACAAAGGAGAGAAGCCAUUUAAAUGCAUCGACUGUGGAAAGAGUUUCAGAGAUUGCUGGAAUCUUACGGUCCAUAGAAGAAUUCAUACAGGGGAGAAGCCGUAUGAGUGUGUGGAGUGUGGAAAGAAAUCCAGAACCUGGAAUGACUUUAGUCACCAUAAGAAAACGCACAACAUGAAAAGUCAACACUAAUUGGUUCGUAUUGAUUCUCAAAAUUUGUUUAAUGUCCACAGAAUUAUGCCAGUAGAAUCUGUAGAAAUGAAUGGAGAAAGUGAUGGAAGAGAAUGAACUAAAGAACCAACACGAGACUCCAGAGUUUUGUCAAAAGUAAUAACUGGAGGGAUGGUGUUGUGUUUGCACCACCUAACAUUGUUUGUGUUUAACUGAUUUGUAUUAUGAGAUAUGAUAUUGAUUGUGCUUGAUUUUUAUUAAUGUCCUAGCUUACAAAGUAAUUAAAGGCUUAGCAUACCCAGCUCAGAUAUAGACACUUUUUGGUCGGUAAAUUGAACAAUUUAGGGAACCAGCUUUAGAAAAAACAUAUGGCGUUUGAGUUAUGACCACAAUUAAGCCCAAAA